AUGCGUCUUCUGCCUUGUUCUUGGCGGCGUAUACUACGUGCUCGCGUGGCCAGAAAGGUGAUUUACCAGCCAAGCGCCGUCAUUUCUUCUCGAAGCUUCGCCACUACCACCAAGAAAGAUACUUCCUCUCCGCUAGCCGCGCCGCCUACGGAUCUUGCAUCAAGCGUAACGGCAUUCCUAGGCACGAAGAAGCGGCUUCCCGAGUUCAAUUUGAUAGACAAGGUCAUCGUUGUCACUGGUGCAGCUCGAGGACUUGGUCUUGUACAAGCACAAGCACUUCUUGAAGCGGGAGCUACUGUGUAUGCUCUCGACAGGCUACCAGAGCCUUCUCCGGACUUUCACACGAUUGCGAAACGCGCAGAAAAGGAACUCGGCACUUCUUUUCACUACCGUCAAAUAGAUGUGCGUGAUGUACCAGACUUGAAUAAAGUCGUUGAUGCCAUAGCUGAGAAGCAUGGCCGCCUCGACGGACUGGUCGCUGCUGCAGGCAUCCAGCAAGAGACGCCAGCGCUGGAGUAUACGGCAGAAGAUGCAAACAGGAUGUAUCAGGUCAAUUGCACAGGCGCCUUUAUGACGGCUCAAGCUGUCGCAAAGAACAUGAUCAAGCUUAAGCAAAGCGGGAGCAUCGCCUUCAUUGCGUCUAUGAGCGCACACGUAGCUAACAGGGGACUCAUCUGCGCUGCGUACAAUUCCAGCAAGGCCGGAGUGUUGCAGCUUUCACGAAAUCUUGCUUCUGAGUGGGGCGUGCACGGCAUACGUGUGAACACCAUCUCACCAGGGUACAUUGUAACGGCGAUGGUGGAGGAGCUCUUCAAACAGUACCCCGAGCGCAAGGAGGAGUGGCCAAAGCAGAACAUGCUCGGACGCCUCUCUUCACCGGAGGAAUACAGGGGAGCCGCCGUGUUCUUGAUGAGCGAUGCCAGUAGCUUUAUGACUGCAAGCGACAUGAAGAUUGAUGGAGGCCACUCGUCGUGGUAA